UAAAUCAGCUUAUUAAAUCCACAGGUCUCUCUGCUCACAGCUCAUUUGAGGGAGAACACACAGGCUGCUAGCAUCUAUUCAGUGAACGGUUUCCUUUUCAUUGUUUCUUCAGCAGUGACAUUAUGGGGCUCAGUGAUCAGGAAUGGCAAAAGGUCGUAGACAUCUGGAAAGUGGAACCAAACCUCCCUGCUCAUGGGCAGGAAGUUAUCAUCAGGAUGUUUCAGAAGCACCCAGAGACCCAGGAACGCUUUGGCAAGUUCAAACACCUGAAGUCGCUGGAUGAGAUGAAGAGUUCAGAAGAACUCAAGAAGCAUGGAACAACUGUCCUCACUGCCCUAGGCAAAAUCCUGAAGCAGAAAGGGCACCAUGAAGCUGAACUGGCACCACUGGCUCAGACCCAUGCCACCACGCAUAAAAUUCCAGUCAAGUACCUUGAGUUCAUUUCUGAAAUAAUUGUUGGUGUCAUUGCCGAAAAACAUCCUGCAGACUUUGGGGCUGAUGCCCAAGCGGCGAUGAGGAAGGCCUUGGAGGUGUUCCGGAAUGACAUGGCCAGCAAAUACAAGCAGCUUGGAUUCCAGGGCUAGGAGUGACCCCGGAAGGCAAUGUCUCCUUUCAGCAGGGAUGGGGAACAUGUGCAGCCCUCCAGCUGUUGUUGGACUGCACUAUCCAUCUUUGGCAGUGGGAGUUGGAGUCCAACAAUAUCUGGAAAGCCGCUGGUUCCUCAUUCCUGCCAUCGAGAGAGAGAGAGAAAGAACAGUGUGUUUUAGGUGUGUGGUCAGUCUAGAAGAAGAUUCUCAUUUCAUCACAGAAAAUUAGCUUGGCACCAGGUUGAAAAAGGCACAUUGUAUAAGGCUCAAGCUACACUUGAUGUCAGAAGGCCCAUGUCUUUAAAGGCAGCUCCCCCAUUCACAUGUAAAGCUGAAGGCAGAGGUACAGUUUAAUGGACCCGGGAGGCAGGCAAGAAUGAAGUGCUGAAGCCUCUCCUGCCUGCCACUCUUAUUCCAGUGGUCUGUCCCCCAAAGUCCUUUUCUCCUCCAACCAGGUUCUGAUGUCAAACUCUAAUGAGCCUGGCUGGGCAAAAAGUACAGGUGAAUAGACAGGGAGGGGGUGAGAGGUUCAACAUCCUCUGCCCAUUGGCUCUUUAAAUCAGGGGUUCCCAGACUGUGGUCCGCUGCAUGUCCACAUAAAAUAGUGAUUUUUAAUUGUAUUUUUAUUGCUUCUUUUAUUUCUUAUAUUGCAUUUUAUCAUUUCACAAUUUGAAUUCAAUGAAUGGAAAUUGUAAUACAGUAAAAUACAAUAUAAGAAAUAAAAGCAAUAAAAUUGCAGUUAAGAUUCGUAAGUAUCUAGCACAGUGCAUUACAAUUGCUACAACAGGCAGAAAAAAACAUUAAGCAGUUCAUCAAGGUCAUCAGCAGUUUUCAGGUGAUCCAUGGGGAAAAACAAGGUUUGAGAACCACAGCUUUAAAUCAUACCCGUGUUAUAUAUGAAUCGGUCAGAGGCAGGGUUGGGGGAGAAAUUUGCCUCAGUUCUCAUUUAAAGGUGAAACUACUAAAUCCACAUAUUCUGAAACAAUAUGUGAACUGAAACAUAGCCAUCCUUCAAAAUUUGAAGUUCUCUGAAUUUUGCAGUGCAGUUUUCCAGUCAAGUAACGUGUAUAAAAAUGCAUAUACUAGGGUAAAAUGUACAUAAAAAUGCAUAUGUUAGUGAAAAUAACAUACAAAAAUGCAUUAAAUUUGUUUUGUAAAAAUGUGUGUAUUAGGCAACAUUGCAUAGAAGCACGUGUAUCUUAGGAGAAAUUUAUGCUAAAAUGUAAAAUGAUUUUUGUUGUUGUUUGCAAACUGAUCUGGAAAUCUGGAGAACUGUACUUAAGAUUGGAAAAAUGAGAAAUUGAGAUAAACCAAAAUUGACACAUUCACUCAUCCUUAGUCAGAAGGUCUGUCACCAUAACAUGUAGCUUGGACUGUCAACUGAGGUUGCCUUUAAUCUUCAUCAUAAAUCAUUGUAAUUUUUUGCUUAGUAGAAUAAAGAUUAUAUAUAACCGAGA